UUGUUCCCCUGUCAGAUCACGCAAAAGCAAUCCCUAGCUUGAUUUGCUCACCAGGGGCUGCGGUGGUCCAUUUAAACCCUGCUUCUCACAGCUGUUGCCAUUUCACACACUCCUGCCUUUUCCUCUGCUUAUAGCCUGGCAUGCAGGGGCUCCCGAAAGAGACCAAGAUGAGCAAACCAGCCCAUCGAGGAGGCUUGGAGGUGUGGGGUAAAUGGCUGCUUCUCCUGAACGCUGCUGUCUCUGCAGUCUCCACCAUGCAGACAGUGAGUGUGGUCGAUUUCUGCGGCCAGACCCUGCACGGGGAUGGGAUGGUCUUGACUUCCCACCGCGACUCCCGCCGUUACUACUUUGUGGUGGCCAGCACCGACUGCCAGCUGACCAUGCAAGCGGCAACCCCCAAAGACAAGGUCCAGUUCCAGUUCCGCUUCUUCCUGGUGUACAGCCUGGUGCGCUCACCUUCCAGCACGCUGGCCAGUGGGACCAGCAACGGCCACCCCACUCUGGCCCUCCUCCCCAAGUCCAGAAGGGAGCGGGAGCCCCCUGACCCUUGCACAGCAGGCUCUUACGUGCAAUUCUAUGAUGGCCAAAACCACACCACGAAGCCCCUGGGGGUGCCACUAUGCGGGAAGAACAUCCCGAGGCCCGUCAUCUCCACGGGCAACUUCCUCACCUUGAGGCUCGUGACUCGCGGCCAGCAACCUCGUGUCGACUUUGUUGGUGACUUCACCUCCAUUCGAACUGGCUUGAACGCUUCGGCCUGCAGCACAGAGUCCUAUUUUCCCUGCCACAAUGGCAAGUGCAUCCCUCCCAGCCUAGUCUGCGAUGGCAGCAGCGUGGAUAACUGUGGAGAUGGUACAGACCAGGCUUUCCAGUCCCCAGCCUGGUGCAAAGGCUCACCCACACUCCUGCCGCCCUUGAAUAAUGCUGAGGCCUCUUCUGCAGUUGACGCCCUGCCAAGUCAGGUGACCUGCGCAGGACCCCAGGAAAGCCAGCUCCUGCCCCCAGACACUGCCACCUGGGACAAAACAGACAAACGCAAGCCUCUCCUUGCUUCGCUGGCUGCCAUCCUAGGAGCUGCCUUCGUGUUCUGGUGCUGCUGGAAUCCAGGCUGGUUCGUUUGGAGGAUGGGCGCCUGCAGGUACCUGCCUGGCUGCAAUUCCGCCUGCGCUGCCUGCCACCUCUGCCCACGCAGCUGCACCCGCCGGGAGCCCCCCAAGGUCACCCCACAUGGAAGCACCGAGCCACCCGUGUGACUCCAAGAUGGGGGGGCAGGGUCACUGGCCCAUAGUUUUAGAGCAUGGGCCAGAAGGGGUGCAGCUGGCAGCGGAGGUGUGAUGGGGCUAAGCAGACAGGUGUAUACUGGCUGAUCUCCCACAAGGUGGCAGGAGAUGCCUGCUUCUUUCCUCAGUGGGUUUGAACUAAGGCCCCUGGCACCAGGCCUUGAGAUACGCUCACACCCACACCAUGCAUUUAAAGAAGAGCCUCCUGGAUCAGGCCAGUGGCCCUUCUAGUCUAGCAUCCUGUUCUCACAGUGGCUGCCAAGAUGCUUGUAGGAAACCUGCAACCAGAGCACAAGGGCACCCUUUCUUCCUGUGCUUUCCAGCAACUGGAAUCAUUAAGCAUCCACUGCCUCUGACCUCCAUGAAUUUGCCUGAUCCUCUUUCGAAGCCUUUUAGAUUGGUGGCCGUCACUGCCUUCUGUGGGAGGGAAUUCCAUAGUUUAACUAUACACUAAGUAAGUUAGUAUUUCCAAUUAUUAUUAUUAUUAUUAUUAUUAUUAUUAUUAUUAUUAUUAUUGAAUUCAGGGCCGGUGCUAGGGUUUUUUGCGCCCUAGGCAGAUCACCUUCUGGCACCCCCCAGGCGGUGAGAGGGAAAGAGAGAG